GAGGGGAAGGGCGGGAGGAGAAAAAGGUGGGAGGAGGGCCCGGCGGGAGGGUGGCGGCUCUCUCGGGACCCCACGGGGGCAGCGCGAUGCGGCGGGUGACCCUCUUCCUGAACGGCAGCCCCAAGAACGGCAAGGUGGUUGCUGUAUAUGGAACUUUAUCUGACUUGCUUUCUGUGGCCAGCAGUAAACUCGGUAUAAAAGCUACCAGUGUAUAUAAUGGGAAAGGUGGACUGAUUGAUGAUAUUGCUUUGAUCAGGGAUGAUGAUGUUUUGUUUGUGUGUGAAGGAGAGCCAUUUAUUGAUCCUCAGACAGAUUCUAAACCACUGGAAGGAUUGUUAGGAUCCCACACAGACUGGCUAACAUUAAAUGUUGGAGGGCGGUACUUUACAACUACACGGAGCACUUUAGUGAAUAAAGAACCUGACAGUAUGCUGGCCCACAUGUUCAAGGACAAAGGUGUUUGGGGAAAUAAGCAAGAUCAUAGAGGAGCUUUCUUAAUUGAUCGGAGUCCUGAGUACUUUGAACCCAUUUUGAACUACUUGCGUCAUGGACAGCUCAUUGUAAAUGAUGGCAUUAACUUAUUGGGUGUGCUAGAAGAAGCCAGAUUUUUUGGAAUUGACUCACUGAUUGAACAUCUAGAAGUGGCAAUAAAGAAUUCCCAACCACCAGAGGACCAUUCACCAAUAUCCCGAAAGGAAUUUGUUCGAUUUCUGCUAGCAACUCCAACUAAGUCCGAAUUGCGUUGCCAGGGUUUAAACUUCAGUGGUGCUGAUCUUUCUCGUUUGGACCUUCGAUACAUUAACUUCAAAAUGGCCAAUUUAAGCCGGUGCAACCUUGCGCAUGCAAAUCUCUGCUGUGCGAAUCUUGAACGAGCUGAUCUUUCUGGAUCAGUGCUUGAUUGCGCAAACCUCCAGGGAGUCAAGAUGCUCUGUUCUAAUGCAGAAGGUGCAUCCCUGAAGCUCUGUAACUUUGAGGAUCCUUCUGGGCUUAAAGCCAAUUUAGAAGGUGCUAACCUGAAAGGUGUGGAUAUGGAAGGAAGCCAGAUGACAGGAAUUAACCUGAGAGUUGCUACCUUAAAAAACGCAAAGUUGAAGAACUGUAACCUCAGAGGAGCAACUCUGGCCGGAACUGAUUUAGAGAACUGUGAUCUGUCUGGCUGUGACCUCCAGGAAGCCAACCUGAGAGGUUCCAACGUAAAGGGGGCCAUAUUUGAAGAGAUGCUGACGCCACUACAUAUGUCACAGAGUGUCAGAUGAGAGUUUUGGGGAGGAAGAUAUCCAGGAUGAAGAACGUUCUCCUUAUCGUCGUGUUUCUCCACCCACUCAGUUGUCUAGAAGAUAAAACACUGUAAGAGAACUUUUAAAAUAUUUAGAGGAUUACGCUUGUUCUCAGCGGUGCAUUGGGAAAAAAGUUGAAAUUUUCCCACAGAAAGUUUCACAGAAAAGCACUCAUUUAAUAGAUGUAGGAAAAGUAGAUUAUAUUGCUGCCUUUUGAAUGGGGUAAGGGGAUUUGCCUGAUUUUGUGACCCGGAAUAGUGUCUAUUCUAUUUGCUUUUAAAUAGGCAUGAUGUGGAAAUACCAUCUUGGUUUAAGAUGCAAUUGAGAAUUUUAAUUUAUGAAAAGCACAAAAUAUGCAAUUAUAUUUAUUGAAAUACCUAGAUGCAGUACGGAUAUUUAAACUUUAUGAAACUUUGAAAAGAUUGUUCAGGUUCAUAGGUAGCUUUAGUGAUGCCUCCCCUCUUUAAAUAUCUGUUGCUCUAUAUAAAUAUGGUGAGGUCAGUUUCCCUAAGGCUUUCUAUUCAGGUUCAUUUUUAUAUGUUUACUUUUUAGAACAAAACAGUAGCUAAAUUUAAGAAAUAUCCCUCUCUUACUGAUUGAGACAGAGUGGAAAGAAAGAUAUCCUUGUACAUCGUAGCUACAAAUAUUAAAGGAACAUUCACCAGAAUUUCAUUCUAGGCAAGUUCCACUCAACACCGGACCGGGCAGUUUUUUCUGUCUACACUACUAGUCUAGUUUUCACGCAUACAGUCAGCACAAGCACAGGAAGAUACUUCAAAACCAAAAACCUAAAGUGCAUCAUUAAUAUUCAUUGAAUUCAAACACCAAGUGACUUAAACUUGGCCAGCUUUGAAAUAGAUAUUAAAUCCAAAUCCACUGCAAUUAAAGCCACAUAAUACGAGUAAGCAUGGCAGAGUCACCAUUUAAAAGGUGACAUAAUUGCAGCUCAAACCCUACAGUGGGAGAUGUGGAAUUUUAAGUUGACAGCAUGAUUAUAACCACAAAAUAUUAAUAAAUUUAGCUGGUCUGAGACGUAAUACCAGUUAGCACCUGUGGUUGUUUUACUUGUCUUUUUUGUUUGUUUUUGUCGAAUUGUAGCCCAACUUCCUUGAGUCAUUAUCUCUCUGUAGCAGCAGAGAUAGGGCCCUUCCUUCUCUACCAAUAUCCUAGUGUCCUUUCGUCUAUCCCAAGAGCAGGGAUAUAAGCUGUGUCCAAAUGGGUUCUGAAUCCUGUAGUCAUCAACUUGAGACAACGAUUCAUUGAAAACCACUUUUGUCUCCUUGGGGAGAAUGACAUAUCUUCAGUGUUUCCGUAGCUUAUUCUUCUAUAUCUACAUAUGCAAAGCUUUCCUUAACAGUAAAGGGCGCUUAUGCACAGUGGGAGGGGAUUGGACCUUUACAGGUGAAGGAAAGCAACUUUAGAAAUGAAUUAUUUUCUUUGCUUUAUUAUUUUUACCAAGACAGAGAAGUAUUGUAUUGAGAGAUAUCUAUUUUCAUAAUCAAUAUGUGCCUAAAUUAUAUUUAAAUCAUUUCACUCUGUACUAUAUUUUCAAUAAUUAUAGAAUGUGUUGUUCAUUGACUGAAGGGUACCUCUGUAGACAAAGCUAAAACUGCAGAAGGAUCUGAAAGAUCUAAAAACGGUGUACUUAGAAACUGCGGGUUUUGGAUCUAAGGUAUACUGCAUUAAUAAAUGAUAUGAAAUGUUGAAAAA